AUGUCAAAUCAAUCCUCACUACCUCAAAGUCUAUUACAACAAUCUCAAUUAGAUGAUCUACUACGGAAUAAUCAAAGGUUUCAUUUGUUUCCCAAAGAUAGAAUAGAGGCAUUAGCAACUACCUCCGGAUUAAUAGGAAUAUUUGCAGGUUUUUAUGAUGGAAUUCAAAAAACAUCAAAUAGAUAUUUAGUUGAAAAUGGUCAUAGAUUACCACGUACAAAAGGUGGUUGGUAUUUUUAUCAUAAAAGAAAAAAUUAUGAAUUAAUUGUUGGUGGAACCACACAAGCUUUUAAAACUGGUUUAAAAUUUAGUUCAAUAGUUGGUUGUUUCUUUUUAUUAGAAUAUGGUUUAGAUUUAGCAAGAGGACAAAUUGAUUUUUUAAAUACUACAGCUGCUGCUGCUUUAGGUUCUACCAUAUAUACAAGAUAUAAACAAUUGAGUUAUAUACAAAGUAGAAAAAUAAUAAUAGGAGGAACUUUAAGUGGGGUUGUGUUGGGUAUAAUACAAGAUCUAUUAAUUAAUGCUAGGAACGGGAAUGUUUGGUAUAUACUGGAAUAUAAAAGAAGGUUUCAUGUAAAUAAAUAA